AGCCCCAGCGGCCCCAGCGGCAGCCCCAUGCACGCCGCGGGGCCCCUGGGGGCGGGGGCGCCGGCCGUGGAGGAGGAGGAGGUCAGCGACUACACGGACGCCGACGAGUCCAUCUCUGCGCCCACCGAGUUCCUCGCGGAGUUCCUGUCGGCCAUCAUGGGGAAGGACUACCCGACGGCGCUCAAGUACUGCAAGCUGAUCCUGCAGUACGAGCCCAACAACAGGACGGCCCGGGAGUUCUACCCGCUGAUCGUCGAGAAGCUGGUGCAGAGCACGAUUGACGAGGCGAGGACUGACAGCGAGGACGACAGCAGCAGCGGCGGCAGCGGCAGUCUCACGGGCAGCGGCUCCGACGACGAGGACUCCAGCAGCGACCUCAGCGAGGACGAGGACGACGGGGACGACGAGGAUGACGGGCUGGAGCCGCGGCGCGGCCAGGAGCACAACGACAACUCGUCGGUGGAGUACGGCGACACGGACGGCACCACGGCGUCGUACUCGAGCCUGGAGGACGAGGAGGCCGACCCCGCCGACUCCACCGACACGACGGGCAUGGCCAACGACAACGAGGACGUGGAGAACGGCAACCAGGAACACCUGCAGGUGCCGUACGUGCCGUACGACUCGCACGACGCCCAGCUGGCCAACAAAGUCAACAAGCUGACCCUGACGGCCCCCGCGACCGGGACCACCGGGACGGCGGCUCGCUGCUCAGACUCCGAGUCCCCGACGGAGCCGGUCUCCCAGCAGCUCGUCACGGAGCUCCGCGCCCGCGUGCUGCCCGCCGCCAUGCUGCCCGCGCCAUGGUGCCUGCGUCGCCCAAGGCGUCGCCAGCCCGCGCGGGCCUGGCUAGCCUGGCCGGCCGGCGAUGAGCACGAGGCAUCCGCAUCAAUCACUCUCGGUGCUAGUCUUUCCCAAAAAUCAAAUCGAGAGCAAAUUUUUAAAAAUGCUUUUUUGGUAAUAUGAAUUGAAGCCAAGCGGGUUUCUGUCGAGUUUCGCAUAGUUUCGAAACCUAGUCGAGAGCACACUGUUUGUGAAUCGUAAAAUUCAAUCGAAAAUUGUGAUUUAUUACAUAAUUUCACUGGCUCUAACUAAUAAUCCUCACUUUCUUUCCAUUAUAUAUCGACUAGUUAGCGCGAUUUUCUCAUUAAAUAGGUUUAAAAAGUGCUAAUAAAUCAGCCUAUAAUAACAAAGGGUAAAUCAGAGAAAUGCUGUGAUUAUUGCACUCGUUCUUCAAAUUUUUGACAUCCAACAUCAUUUUAACCAGUAGAAAAUGGGGUUUCACAUCAGCAUGAUGGUUUAGUGGGAGGAGAGGGAGAAUGAUACAAAUGCUUGCUGUGGGCAGCGUGAAAUGUUUUAGACUGACGGUAGGCAUAUACACUUGUACGAGAAUGAUUAUCACUGGAGUUAUAGUGAACUCAGAAACUAGGUGUCCUGGUCUGUUUAGCAUGAGACUUCUUUAGUGUUAGUGUUUCAUUCAAAUGUAGAUGGUGACGUAUACUACACAUAAGAAUCUCUCCCAUAAUCAGAGAGAAGGUGUAUCAUUGUAUUUUUCUAAUUAGAUAUAAAAGUUUGAAUGUCGAACAUGUGAUCUGCAACUUCAGAGAACUCUUUCAGAAUUAUACUAAUAGGAAGCAGAAAUUUUUCUUCAAGAUUUCUCACAAACUUAGAGAGUAGAUGUAAGUUCUGCACUAGUGUAGAGGAAACUUGGGUUUUACUUUGUAAAAUUAUCAGGCAAUUUUUACCUGCAGUCAAAAAGAGUGUUAUCAUGUUUGUUUUGGUUGCUUUUUUAAAAAAGUUUUCACUAUUUCUACUAGUUCUGUAGUUUGUUUUGUAACAUUUGUAACUGCAGAUGAGAUGUGCUUGAGAUGUUGUGUGAAGACUGAGAUGUUUGUAUUAGAUUGUUAUCGUUAACUUUAAUUUGACUGAUUUACUUAGUUUCAUUGGACCACUUAGGUAUCACUGUAAAAUACUUCUUUUGAGGAUUUGAUCAUUGAACCUUGUAUCUCAUGUCUUGGCCUGAGCAGAGUUUUUUUUUGUGUCAGUUUUAAUUUUUCUGGGUUUUAAAACAAUGGAGGUUUUGGCCUAGCAUUAUCAUCUGAAGCAGUUUUUAUAGAAUUUAAUGUGCAUUUCAGCACACCAUAUCAUGUGCUUUGUAAUGUCCUAGUUGAAAUUUUUGUUCUAGGAUCAUUCUUACACAAUAAAUUAAUUACUUCAAACUAA